AUGCCCGACCACUGGUUAAAUACGUUAGCACCAGAGCUUAAAGUAGAAAUUAUUCUUCAUUUGAGCAAACCUACAACAAUCGCUGGAUGUUCACGUGAAUGGUACAACAUUGUAAAUUUACCUUUUGCGAAAGCUAAGUGGCUGAUCAGCAGACAUGGAAAAACCCAUGCAUUGUUUCACGCAGUCAGAAUGGGCAAGCCGUUCAUUAAUCCUGAUGUAGUCGAAUGUUUAUUUGCGCAGGGAGCGCACAUCAGUCGAUACUUUAUCCAAAGAUUGGUGCUUGGGUUUGGGGAGUGUGAUAGGAGUCUUAUUGAUCUCAAACAAAAGUAUAACAUAGGACCGCCCGAUCCAUUUCCGAACACGUUAAUUCAAGACAAAACCUGUAGUUCGUGGGCAAGCAGUCUUCCUGUUGAUGUUUAUUUCCGGCUUCUCAAAAAGGGUUGUGACCGAUUCGGUGAAGAAAACAUUUCAGUUCGUGGAAAUGACAUGGAAAAAUUCUAUUAUCUCUCCGGCGGACCACUAGGAACCAGUCAAUCCAGAGUUGAAAUUCAAAAAAACAUGGAUGAAAUUAAAGAGCUGAUUGGAGAACAUAAAUUCGUACCAUUUCCUCCCAAGCCAGGAAUCAGAAAUCCAUAUCUACCCUGUGAUAUAUCUAAUGGUUACACCGACGUCCUGAAAUGGAAUAUUAUAGCACGGCCUAUACAGUUCUGUCUUGAAUUGGUUAAUCUCUGGAAAGAAAAUGGAUAUCACGAAGUAGUAGCCGAAACAAAUGAUAUCGUCAUACGGGGUUCGCUGCUAUUUCUUUAUCGACAGGAGUAUGAAGAGUGGGUACCUGAGUUAAAGCAAGUUGUCGAGAAAUUAAGCGACUUGCAGUCGUAUGGUUUCAAAUUGACCGACAAGCUCGUCGGAGAUGCCUUAAGAUUAUUUGAAAACAGACUAGACUUUGCCAAUAUAGGCGAAACACUCGUUGAAGCUUUUGCUAUUGUUCGUAAACAGCUCAAGGAAGAUAUUCUUAUUAUUUGUCUAACGGAGCUGUUGCAUCCAAAAAGACAUGUUGAACAAUAUGAUUCGCUUGACUUUAUAAUUAGUCGUGUGAACAAACCUGAAGACAAAAUCCUCUAUGCAUUUGAAAAAUAUGGGUACUCAACAAACGACGGCGUAUACGAAUAUAUGUUAGAAAAAUUUGGUGCUCGGUCUCGAGUUGCUAUGUAUUUGUACGAUAAACCCAAGUAUACGGUUGAAUGA